UUUUAGUCACCGUUCGCACCUACCCUGAGUCAGGCUUAGGCCAGGCUUCACUGUACCACUUCCACAUCAUGGGCAAGAAACAGUCAGGGUCAGCUGAGAAAAAGCCCGCAGAAAAGAAAGGUGGAAACACCAAGAACACCGACAAAGGCGAUCAAUCCGAGAGCAAAGGAAAGGGUGGUCUGAAGGCCGCAACUGCUGUCAAUGUCCGCCAUAUUCUAUGCGAGAAACACUCCAAGGCAACUGAGGCAUUGCAGAAGAUCCAGGAGGGGCAGCGCUUCGACAAGGUAGCGCAGGAAUACUCAGAGGACAAAGCUAAAGCUGGUGGCAGUCUUGGUUGGAUGGUACGGGGGUCUAUGGUUGGUGCAUUUCAAGAUGCUGCGUUCGCCCUUACCCCGUCGACUGUCGACAAACCCAAUUUGUCGCCUUUAGUCAAGACGAAUUUCGGAUACCACAUUAUCAUGGUAGAGGGUCGUCGAUGAAUCGACAUCCUGUGUACCUUCCGUACAGUAUUAUGCACUCGUUUGGCUUGAGUCUGUACUAAUUAGUGAACUAUACAACUACCAUACGCGGGUGAGAUACAAACUAAGGAUAUACGUGUCAGAAAAGUCGAAAGGACUGCAGUAUAACUACCAGAUAGUUAAAGUGUCGAAUCCCAGCAGAAACAGAUGUCAAUUCAUCCAUGUGACUCCCAUAAUAACUGCUGACUUGCACUGUAGUCUAUACAGACAAGCUAAGGGGCGCCACAGCCUGCUACCAGAUCACCAUGGACCUUGUGAG